AGAUAAACAAAAAAUGGCGGGGGAAAACUAAGACCUGAAGACGACCAGCUCGACUACAUGUAGAUGCCGGCUUACCCAUGGUGCUUCAGGCCAUGGCAGCAUUGGAGAGCAUCUCGGCUCCUUUGACCUUUGUGCCAUCAUCAGUUGCCUAAGUUGCCCUCGGCGUCCGACGCCAAACGGAGGAGAACGAGCAUCGGCGGGAGAGAAAAAGGACGUGAUGGCAUCGGCAGGAGCGGAGGUGGCGGCCGCCGUUUACCACCGCGGCCACCUGGCCUCGCGGCCCUCCUCCGGCCGGUGGCCGGCCGCGCUCUUCGUCAUCGGGGUGGAGGUCGCGGAGCGGUUCGCGUUCGCCGGCAUCUCCGGGAACCUCAUCACCUACCUGACCGGCCCGCUCGGGCAGCCGACGGCGGCGGCCGCUGCGGCCGUGAACGCGUGGUCAGGCGCGGCCAUGAUGCUGCCGCUGCUCGGCGCCGCCCUGGCCGACUCCUGGAUCGGCCGGCACCGCACCAUCCUCUACGCCUCCCUCCUCUACAUCCUGGGACUAACCAUGCUGACCAUCGCAUCGUCGGUGUCGGUGCACGCCUCCUCGUCGACGGCGAGCCCGUCCGCGGCCCAGGUGGCCUUCUUCUACGUCUCGCUCUACCUCGUCGCGUUCGCCUACGGCGGGCAGAAGCCGUGCGUGCAGGCCUUCAGCGCCGAGCAGUUCGACGAGAACGAUCCCGAGGAGCUCGCCUCCAGGGGCUCCUUCUUCAACUGGUUUUUCUUCGUCACGGACGGCAGCCUAACCAUCACCGUGCCGGUCUUGAACUACGUCCAGGACAGCGUGAGCUGGCAGCUCGGGUUCGGGAUCCCGGGCGUCGCCAUGGCGCUCGCCCUCGCCGUCUUCCUGCUCGGGACCAAGACCUACCGCUUCUAUCCUCCGGCAAGGAACGGCGGCCUGCUUGCGCGGCUCGUCGCGACGAUUCGAUCCUGGCAUCCAUCACGGUGCUCCUCCAAAUCAUCUGACGAUCGACUGCCAUUGCUGGAUAGCUCUUCAUUGUCACCCACCGACAAUGCAGACGCAGAUUUCCCUCAUGAAGCGGCGUCGCUACUCAGAUUGUUCCCGAUAUGGUCGGCAUGCCUCAUCUACGCCGUCGCCUGUGCACAGUGGGCUACUUUCUUCACCAAGCAGGCGAGCACGCUCGACAGGAGAGUAGGCAGCGUGGUGGUGCCAGCCGCUGCCCUGCAAAACCUGAGCCAUGUCGCGGUCAUGAUCUUCCUGCCGAUGUACGACCGUGUCCUUGUGCCGCUGGCAAGAAAGCACACGAGGAACCCUCAUGGCAUCACAAUGCUGCAGAGGAUCGGCAUCGGGCUGGCGAUCGCGAUCGUCGCGAUGAUCGUCGCCGCUCUCGUGGAGACGAAGAGGCUCCGGAUUGCGGCGGGUCAUGGCAUCCUGGAUGAGCCUGAUGCUGUUGUUCCCAUGAGCUUGCUUUGGGUGGUUCCCCAGUUCCUCCUGUCAGGGUUGUCCAGCGUGUUUGCGUAUGUUGGCAUGCAGGAGUUCUUCUACGACCAGGUGCCGGACUCCCUCCGCAGCUUGGGCAUAGCUCUGUGCAUGAGCAUAGGUGGGGCUGGCUGCUUCAUCAGUAGUUUCCUUGUGUACGCCAUUGACAGAGUGACAAGCAGCGCCGGGAAGAGCUGGUUCUCCAACAAUCUCAACAGGGGGCAUCUCGACUACUUCUUCUGGCUUCUUGCCACGCUCAGCGCCUUGGGCUUCUCUGCUUACCUGCACUUUGCAAAGGCUUAUGUCGAAAAGAAAAGGAAUUAUUCAGUUUUGGUACAAUGAUGUGCACA